AUGUUUUAUAUCCGCGCUAUCCUCGCUGCUGUCCUGGCCGGGGCUGUCGUUGCCUCUCCCGGAACGCUGAUGAAGCGUAGCCAGAAGCUCACCAUGUCGUACUGCAACGGCUGCAUUCCUAUCGGCGCAGGUGGCGUUUCCUGCGUAAACAACUUUUAUAUCCACUGGGGUGACAACAAGCUCGGAUCAUGCAACGAUUCUUCCUUCCUCUACGACAGCGGCUCGUGCUCCACUUCAGGGGCGACGAUUCCGACGCCGUCUGGCCGCGGCACUUGGUCGACGUCCAACUGCCGUGCGGCCACUGACCAGGUCCUGGGUACCAUCAGCGCCAAUGGCAACACCUACAUUUGCUACCGCGCCAACAACCAGAACUUCCAAAACAACUGCCUUGGUGCAACCUACGCUUGCUCAGACUAUGCAAGCUGCUACGGCCCUGCCUUUGCCUUUUGCUUCAUCGGCGCCCAGUCGUGGUCGCAGCCCUACGUAAAGCCGCCUCAUUGA